AUGAGGCCUGUGCAAGAGGAGGCCAGCGAUGGGGCCGCCGCAUCCCUGGGAGUCAGAUGGGUGCAAGGAUUCCCUAAAAAGAACGUUGCUUUUGUCAACAACAACACAAUCUGCUACCCGUGUGGGAAUUAUAUCAUUUUUGUUGACAUUGAUACCAAAGAAAAGACGGUGCUUCAGUGCAUGAAUGGAAGUGUGGGUGCUGUGGCAACUAGCUUCGCCAGUGAAGUGGUGGCUUUUUCAGACCGGAGGCUAAAACCCAACAUCUACAUCUACAGCUUUCCUGGAUUGAUCAAAAAGAAAAAAUUAAAAGGAAAUGCCCAGUUGGACUAUUCUUUACUCGCAUUCAGUAAUUGUGGGAUUUACUUGGCCAGCUACUCUUCAGUCCCAGAAUUUGAACUUUCACUGUGGGACUGGGAAGAAAAUGUCAUCUUGUGCAAAAAAUCCCAGCCAGAUGUGGCAGUAAACCAGAUGACCUUCAACCCGAUGAACUGGAGCCAGCUCUGUCUGUCCGGUGGAAGUGCUCUCACCGUGUGGCACAUUGAAAGAAUCAACACUGAGCAUCAUCUCAUGCCCAAGCCAGUCAAGCUCCCUGCUGCAGAUGGGACUUUUUUGGGUGAAAAUAAUGGACUUUUCUCAGGCUCAGAGCCCAAAGACGCUUUCUACGGUCCGGUAUUACCAGUUUCUGCUAUUGCUGGGCUUGUAGGUGUUGAAGCAGAAACUUUCAAGCCCAAAGACGAUUUUCAUCCUCUGGUUCAGCCUAUAUUCCACUGUUGGACCACAACAAAUGAAUUGUAUGUGAGCUGUGAAGGGGAUCAUCUCCUACUAGUUAAUGCAGAAACAGUAAAAGUUACUGUUCUAAAAUGUAUGCCUCUUCAGACUUCACCAGAGCGCAAGCUUACUGUAAAAUUCUCAUCCAAGUUGCAAAGUUCUAUGGCGGAUUUGAAAAAAGGAACCCACUCUAAAACACCAAGCAUGGCCUCCAUGGCAUUUCAUAAAGACGGACUGCUCGUUACUAGAAACGAUGGCCUUUUGUAUUCUCUUGAUAUCAAAGGAUCAACUUAUAAAAUAAGCAACUCCUGUGACGUGUCAGAACCUAUCAGAAAUAUACUGUUCUCCCCUAACUGCAAAAGAUUACUGAUUGAAACAGUUAAGGGAUCAAUCUUUACCUGCACUCCGAUGGAUAUGGCUAACAUUGACACAGUUCUGGAUGUAUGCCAAGGGGACUUUGUGGCAAAUGACUUCAUCACACCUGGAAAUAAAUAUUGCCUGUCCAUAACAAUUACAGGGGAAGGUUACAUUUGGCUGUUAGAGGAUGGAUCUUGUGUCAGUAGGUUCAGCCUUUACACAACGGUAGCGGAUAUGGCUUGCUGCCCUUCCUCGCUUUCAGCUGCUGUGGGGGCCACUUCGGGCCACAUCCACUUCAUCGACGUCUCAACAGUAGAAUUCCCUCGGGUCGUCUACAGAGUUUUUCCUUCCCCGAGUCCUUUGCAGUAUGUGCAUUACGACCAGGGAGGCCUUUAUCUAAUAACGGUAUCUCAAGAUGGACAUAUCUUCAUUUUAAAUUCCAAACCCUCAAAAUUAUUCCAGAUUCUUGGGUGUACAGUGAUAUCAGGUGAAAUCCAACAGCUUUCUACAGUCUAUCACAAGGAGACAAAUUUAGUUGAUGUGAUUGUGCUUAUCGGGCUUCCAGACGGUGAAAGAUGCAAGCUGGAAAUGUUUUCCCUGUCUGAAGAAAUCUUAACUGACUCUGCUAACUGGGUAAAUGAAAGAGGAAUACUGAAGAAUGAACUUAUACACAUGCACCAGUAUGAAAUUAAUCACUCUUUAUCUUCAGCUGUAUUGGCCCUUGAAAGGAAGCUAAUAUAUGGCUACUGCAGAAAAGUACCGUUCAUCUGUACCUACCCUCUUCUUGAAGAGAAUAAUAAAAACGCAACAAAUAUUUUCCUAGAGAAGAAGCUGCAAAGCAGACAGUUUGGAACUGGAAAGCUCUAUUUGUCGCCUCAUGGCAGGUGGUUGGCAUCAAUAGCCAAAGAUGGCAUAUUGUGUAUCCGUGAUGCUUUGACUUUGGAAACCUUUGCUCGAGUUCGAUGCCAUUCGUACCAUGGACAAGGAAUUCGCGCAUUGACAUUUUCUAUGGAUGGCCAGACCAUACUUGCCAGUGGUAUGGAUGAUGGUGCCCUUGUUUGUUUGAAAUGGAAGAAAAUCGGAGAAAGUCGCAUCAAUGAAGCUACCGAAUACUACGGAUCCCGUCUCCUCAUUCUGGAUGCCAGCAUUUCCAAGGAAACAUCCACUUUGAAGGAAAUGGAAGAAUGGUCCUUGCUUUCCCAGUCUGAUUCUGCUUCAGACCAACCAACUGAGGAAACAAUGAAGUCACAGAGUUUGGAGUUAAUAUCAGUAGAGGAGCCUUCAAGUUCGAUGAAUGUAAAAGUAGAAAUUCCAUGGCUUCAGAAGAAAACAAAUGAGGCCAUCCAAACAGAGACCCAGAAGUUUUCCGGAAAAAAGAAAGAGCUGAAAAAAGGAAUUAAGCAACUCUCUAAAAGGAUUCAGGAAAUGAUGCAGGAAAAUGAAUUGGUAUCUGAUAUUGCAAAAUUGGAACAGCAGGAGUUUAGCCUGGACACUGAAGAAAGGAAAAGGCUUCAUGCACAGAGCGAGAAAGAAGUACAAACGAUAAGGAAGGAGGCGGAGAUGGAGAACCUUGCUAAGUGCUAUUUGCGUGAAGUAAUCAAAGAAGAAUGCUGGGACUCCAUGUUUGUAAAGGGUCGAGCACUAAGGUGCUUUCAUGUUGACUGUGAGGUGCAGAAUUACCCAAUGAAAGAACGGACUGAAAAAGAGAUGAGAGAUUUGGAGACAGUGUUACAUCAAAAGAAGAUCGAAUCCACUGAUUUUAAACUACGGAAAGAAAUUGUUGAGAUUCAGCCUCAGGUUGCUUCAGCUAAAGAUGAUGACGAAGAGGAAGAGGAGUUGGAAGAAACAUCACGCAAAGAGAGCAAAGUACCAAACUUCUUGUUGGGGAGUCUGAGUUCUGAGUACGGUGUAGAUACAUCACUCUUGUACAGCCAGUUAGAGCUUCACACCAGAGAGGAGAAAAUUAAUCAGAUUAUAUUAUUAAAGGACAUCAUUUACAAGGUUAAAACCAAUUUUAAUACUGAAUUCAAUGCUGUCUAUCGGCAAAAAGAGGUGGAAAUUCUACGUGUGACCGAAAGAAACACAAGGAUGCAGGAAAUCAUUUCAGACCUAGGGCUCAGUGAGGAUAUCUGGCAGCCAACAUUUGCAGACAGCGAGAAGCCUGAGAGAGUUCUCACCGUUGAGGAUGAGGAGAUUAAAGUUGAAAAAUACCUCAGUCCAGCGCAAAGGGCCAAAGUAGAACUAAUGGAAAGGCUUGAACUGGAACGACGUCUUGCUGCUCAGGGGGACGAUGCAAGAAAGCGAGCACUGAUGGACAUGAUGGGAGGGGUUUUGGAAGUCAAGAAAGAAGAUAUUUUGAAGAUGGAGAUUCCUCAGCCUGCUUUCAUGGCCAAAGCUGAAAGUUUAUGGAAUGAAGAAGAAAAGAAACAAUUCAAGGAAUAUGAAAAAAAAGUCAAGGAAUUAAAUGAGGAAAGAGAGAAGUACAAAAAGGCAUUGGAAUCGGAAUUGAAAAAACUUCAGAACUCUGUUCAAGAAUCAACACAGGCCUUUGAUGAAAUGCUGAAAUUGCUCUUUAAGAAAAAGGUGAAAUCGGAAAUGGUCAUCAACCAGGAGGAAUUCAAAAUAACCAACCUUGUUUUCUCUUUGCUAUUGGAUGAAGAAUUAAACACAAGAGAAUUAGCACUGAACAACUACCUUGAAAGAAAACAUGAGGAAAAGGUCAGAAGUGCUGAGGCAGUUCAGAUGGCUAAAAAACAAGUGGAUGCCUUCAGAGAGACCUAUGAUAAUUUAGUAGCAGAGGAUAAAGUUUUGGAGCGUGGAUUUAGAAAGGAGUUUUCUGAGAUACCCUCGCAUCAAGUCGAUAUCCUUUACAAACUUUUUAAACGCCGAACCAGGAUUCAGAAACCGAGAGUCCAGAUUGAAAGCACUGUUCCUUUCGGAGAUCGCCCAGCAUCUGUCAAAGCUAACAAGGAAGUCUUCGCACAGAUCACGAAAGUCAUGGAUGAUUUGGAUAAUCCCGACAACAUGCCGGAUAAUUUAGAUCCAGCUGUGUGGAAACAAUUCUGCAUGAUAAGACGAAUGAAAGUGGAAAAUGAACAUCAAAUAAAGUGGAAGGCUGCCAAUUUAAUGGAGAUGCAGGCCUUUCUCCAGAGGAGAAUUGAAGAGGAUGAAAAGGUGCGCCUGGACAUGGAAAAAAUUGGCCGCGAGCUCAACAUACUCAGGGAAGAGAAAAUGAAGUUUCAGCUGGAUUUGACGAUCCACCUCCUACUUAAACAAGGACAAGUAGAACUGGAAAAUUUCCAAUUAAUGCUGGAGUACCCUGACUCUAUUCUAAUUAACAGGAGUAUAAUUGAAGAACUAAACAGAGUAAUCCGGGCCCAGGGACAAAAGAAAAUUGCCAGCAUGGUAGAAAGUAAAGAUUUCCAUAAAGGAAUAUUUCAGAUUGAGUGGGAACAUAAGAAAAUGGAGAUGGAAAUGGAAGAUCUAAAUCAAAAAGCUUGGGAUAUUCAGAUGCUGUAUUUUUCAAAAGAUCGCCAGACGUACCUAAAUGAACCAAACUACGACAGCCUUAUUGCCCACCAGAUUUCAAUAAUGGAGCAAACCCUGGCUGUUUUAGAUAAGACCCAUAAAAAGGAUGUCAGUGCCCGCAAGAAAAUACUGAAGGAACUGGGGAGGUACAGCACUAUAAAAGAUGUGAUAAAUUAUAAUCUCAGCUACGAUCUACAAGAAGAACUGGUAUCUGUUUCUGAAAGAAGAUUAAUCUAUAAUACAAUUGGAACUGAGCUGCCUUCUGAGAAGAUGGCCAAGGAACGAUAUGAGGCCAGGUUGCAACGACAAAAAUUAAUCAGUGUUGCAAAAGAACAGGCCGAACAGAUUUCCAUUUUGCAGGCUGAGGUUGAAAGGCUAAGAAUGAAAACAUAUCCUGAUCUUCCUCCACUAUAGAUAACUAGCAGAAAAUAUGUACAAGUGUUUGGUGACUUCAGUCACCAAGAACAGUUAUUUCCCCGACUUAGAGUUUUGUCAAUGUAGUGUUAAUUGUCUUAUGUCACCAAAACAUUCUUAAUAUACAAAUAAAAAUACUUUUUCUCCAUG